UUCACUCUUUAAUAGAUUAUUAUUUAUUACGUGAUAAUAGUUUUUGACAAAAAGUACUGCGCCACUAUAUUUUUGCUUUAUUUAAUUUAAUAAGAGAAAUUGCGUAAAAUUAAAAUGGCAAUGCACUCAGCUGUAAAGGGUAAACUGCUUGCAGUGAUUGGAGAUGAAGACACUUGUGUUGGUUUUUUAUUGGGUGGUAUAGGAGAAAUUAAUAAACAUAGACAUUCAAAUUUUAUGGUUGUUGACAAAAAUACAGCAAUUAUUGAUAUAGAAGAAUGUUUCAAAGCAUUUGUUAAAAGAGAUGAUAUUGAUAUAAUACUCAUUAACCAAAAUGUUGCAGAAAUGAUACGUCAUGUCAUUGACGGACAUACUCAACCUAUACCAGCUGUUCUUGAAAUUCCAUCCAAAGAUCACCCGUAUGAUGCGAGCAAAGACUCUAUUUUACGUCGUGCAAAGGGUAUGUUUAACCCAGAAGAUGUAUGAAGAGGUUUAUUAUUAAUUUUAUUUUUUUGGUUUUGUUAGUGUUUUCAGUUGAAUAAUUUUAUUUGAACAUUCCAUUUUUAUUAUAUCAUUUCUUAUAUUUAACAAAAAUGUUGUAUAAGUGUUUAGAUUAAAAUAUCAUUGUAUAAUUUUGUGUUUAUAUAAUUUCACAUAAAUUUGUGUAAUAGAUAAAAAAUAUUUUAAGAUUUGUAAAAAAUUAAUUACAGAAGUAACAUCA